AUGCUCCUCGCAAACUACGGCUCAGACUCAGGCUCAGAAUCCGAGCCAGACGCUCCCCCCGCCCCUCCCCCAGCCCCCAAACCCACCACCGCCGCCCAACCACACAAGAAGAAGAAGCCCGUCAAGAUCACUCUCGACCUUCCCAAGUCCGCCGACGCUGCCGAGGAUGAGGUCGACGGAGAGAAGCGCAAGAAGGGCGAUGCAGACAGCGACGACGAAAGAGCUCCCAAGAAGGCCCGCCUGCCAAAAGGUGGAAAGGGAAACUCGUCUCUGCUAGGCAUGCUGCCUGCUCCGAAACGCAAGCUGCCAGCGCCUCCCUCGGCAUCUGGUUCGGGGUCAAAAGGCGCCUCUGGAUUGGUGGUGAACAAGGCUAUGGCUAGGUCUCAGCUGCCGGCACCUCCCAAGCUCGCGAAAGCUGAGGACGAUAGCGAUGAGGAAGAAAGCGUCCUGUUACCGCCGUCUCUGGCAAGGAAGCAGAACAAGGAAGAGGUGGUCGAUUUGUUUGGAUUAUCGCCGGCCCUGAAACCAAAAGCAGCCACUGCAUCCGCCAUCAAACCACCAGCCAUCUCUUCCGCCCCUCUCGCCCCCGAUUUUGUCCCUCCCGAACCAACGUCCUCCGAUGCCUACCCUGGGUACUACCAGCUUCCCUCUGGCGAGUGGCGUGCCCAUGAUCCAGCUUACUACGCUUCCUUCUUCCCCUCUUCGUCCGCUCAGCAAGAGCCGGAAGAAGGGGAAGAUGGAAGAGUGGGCAAGCAUUGGGAUGCGUUCGAGAAGGGUCAAUUCAAGGGCCAGAUAUUGGAUAUCGAUGCGAACCAGGGGCUGGAAGAGGCCAGAAAGGAGGCGGAGAGGAGAGAGUUGAUGAAAAAGCCCAAGGCUCCAGGGGACGAAUUUGUCUAUCAGGCAAGUCGGCGAGUGGUACAAAGGUGCAAGCUGACGGUAUCGCAACCAAAGGGCCAGAUCAAGGGUCUUGCUUCGCAGAGGCAUCAACUUACAUCCCUGCUCAGCACAGCGUACUCCCAACGAGAAGAGCUCGAGCAGAGAAUCGCAGCCAACAAGAAGGGUAUGCAAGGAGCGGGUCACAAAUACGGUUUCUAA